GUUCGCUGGCGCGGCCCCAUAAACCGCGUACGUUUAUAUUUAGGGCGAUAUUAAUCUGAACUAGGUGAUAUGAGUGUCGGUGAGCUAUCAUGAUUACUGCAAGCUGAAUUUCACUCUGACCAAUUGUGAAGUGGUCGAUUAUGCGCAUCACAUCAAUUCUUUCUGAUGUGAUGCGCAUCAAUCAAGAAAGAGAUCUUGAUCGUUUGAAACGGAAUUUUUUCCGUGAAAGCGGUUGAGGAUGAAUCGUCUUGGUCAGAUCAGACACUUCUCCUCGAUUGGAGGGGAUGUUUUCAUUGCAAGUGCUGUGCGAACACCCAUAGGGUCAUUCAGGAGUUCACUGGCGUCGUUCCGUGCGACAGAACUUGGAGCUGUUGCUAUCAAAGGAGCGAUUGAAAAUGCUGGCAUCAGCCCUGACGCAGUGCAAGAAGUUUACCUGGGAAAUGUAGUGCAGGCAAUGGGAGGUCAAGCUCCAGCUCGUCAAGCUUCGCUUUUUGCUGGGCUUCCAAAAAGUGUUCUGUGUACUACAAUCAACAAAGUUUGUGCAUCCGGGAUGAAGUCUGUGAUGAUGGCUGCUCAGUCUAUAAAAUCUGGAACGAAUAACUUGAUGAUUGCUGGUGGAAUGGAGAGCAUGUCCAAUUGCCCAUAUUACAUGAAGCGUGGGGAAACACCGUAUGGUGGAGUGACACUAUUCGAUAGCAUUGUUUUUGAUGGACUCACUGACGUGUAUAACGAGUGUCACAUGGGAAACUGUGCAGAAAACACAGCGAAAAGGAUGAAAAUAUCGCGUAAGGAACAGGAUGAUUAUGCAGCACGAAGUUACAAACUCAGUGCCGAAGCGUGGAAGUCUGAAGUAUUUUCCCGUGAAUUGGUCCCCGUUGUUGUACCUCCUAAGAAGAAAGGCGGCGAAUCAACAACAGUAACCGAAGAUGAAGAAUUCAAGAAAGUGAAUCUCUUGAAGCUUCCGACGCUGAAUACCGUGUUUCAGCGAGAAGGUGGCACUGUUACCGCUGGAAAUGCAUCUACGUUGAAUGAUGGAGCUUCUGCUCUUGUUAUAGUUAAUGAACAGGCUCUGAAACAGUACAAUCUUACGCCAUUGGCAAGAAUUGUUGCGGGUGCCGAUGCAGCAACAGACCCGAUUGACUUUCCCAUUGCACCUGCACUUGCCACUCCAAAGUUGUUGGAACUCGCUGGUGUUAAAAAGGAUGAUGUGGCAAUGUGGGAAAUCAACGAAGCCUUCAGUGUUGUAGUCCUGGCAAAUAUCAAGAUGCUGGAUAUCGAUCCAAGUAAAGUCAACAUUCAUGGAGGAGCUGUCAGUUUGGGCCAUCCCAUUGGGAUGUCUGGAGCACGAAUUGUUACGCAUUUGGUUCACACCUUGAAGGCUGGGGAGAAAGGCGUAGCUUCUAUUUGCAAUGGAGGUGGCGGUGCUUCGUCGAUCUUGAUCGAGAAGCUAAGUUCUGCAGUUCUGCCGGUGUUGACGCUGUUCACGAAGAAACCUUGCCCGUUGUGUGAUGAAGCCUUGAUGCAAAUCCGGCAUUUGUCUCACCUGUAUUCGCUGGAAAUCGUGGACAUCAGUGCGAAAAACAACAAGGAGUGGAAGCGACUACGGGACGGAAAUCCCAUCUCAUCUCCGUAUGCUGCCCAAACCGUACCUCGCGAAGGGAUCCCCCAGCCACCAGUGAAGCGGCAUCCUCCGACAUCUCUUUUGUUUAAUGCGACACUUCUUGAUGAGGAUGUCCCGGUUCCGAUGAUCGUUCCUGUGCCAGAACCUCUGAUCGAGAUUCCUGCUGUGCCGGUUUCCUCAAUUACUCCACCCACGUCUGCCGAAGCUCCUCCUAUCCAAGCAGCUCAUCAUCAUGUUCAGCGUGAUUCCUUCGCCUCCGCUCCGUAUGUCGAGCCUUCUAUCGACAACCGCUUCCAAAUGCCGCCGCAACAGCAUCCGGCGUCUCGAGAAUUUCCGUCAUACAACUUUAACGCGCAGAAUGUUUCACUGGUGACACCAAAUCUGGAAAAUGCGGUCGAAGCGCAGGGCUAUAGUCCUGUUUCUCCCCAUUGGUUCUUCUGUCGGAUUGCUGAUGGUAGACAAUCCUGGUUUCCCUUUUCCUUAGUGGAUUCACUAAAUUUGGAGGAAGCCUGUAUGUCAGGUGACACAGAUAUGGACACCGUGGUUGCUACGGAUGGAGGAAGGCGAUUUGCUCGUAUUUUCAAUGAAGUUUCUUUCGUGUGUACAUGUUUUAGAUAUGAUGUAAACGUUGUUUUGCGAACGCGUCACUCGGUGUAUUGGACCGAGGAGCCUACACCAGUUCGAAGAGCUACUUGGUUCUAUCGUGAGCCUCUUGAUGUGCAGUUCACUCCGUACGAUGAACGAUUCGCUGCCAAACUUGAGGAAGAGUAUAAGAAAGCUGCUGAAUCUGGAAAUUGGCAGCGAAGGUUGGAGUUUCCUGGAGGGGAAAUAAUAUUGAUUCAUGGCCCCAAUCUCAUCGUGCAUUUUCCUGCGUCUCUUAUGAUGAGUACUCCAAGAGCUUUGAUGGACGUUGGUGCCGAUGAUGGCAUUGGUUCGCAGGAAAAUGUCCUGAGACCAUGCACUGUUCGGCGUGGGGUGGAAGACUUUGACAUUGAUGAUGGUGAGCCGCAGCGAGUGGACCAUCUAGUAUUUAUGGUUCACGGUAUUGGAGCAUUUUGUGACCUGAGGUUCCGAGGAAUCGUGGAAUGCGUUGACGAUUUUCGGGAUUUAUCCCUCAAUAUGCUGAGGACCCAUUUCAAAUCCAGACUGGAUGCCGGGGAUAUAGGGAGAAUUGAACUUCUUCCAGUCGGUUGGCAUUCUGCUCUGCAUGGUGAUUGCACCGGUGUGGAUACCAAAUUAAAAGCUAUCACGCUGCAAAGUAUUCCAAAGCUUCGUUUCCUAAUAAACGAUACGUUGCUGGACAUAUUGUUUUACACUUCUCCCGUCUACUGCCAGCACAUCAUGGACCGCGUUGGAUCAGAAAUGAACCGAAUGCAUCAGAUUUUCUUGAAACGGAAUCCGGAUUUUAAGGGACAUGUUUCUUUGGCCGGUCAUUCACUUGGUAGCGUCAUAUUGUUUGAUUUAUUGAUGCAUCAGCCCGAACCGGCAUCGGAGGAAAAAGUUCCUGGGAGAAGAGAAGCGCCUGUUGACGACAUCGCCUCACCCGUGCCUGCAAGUUUGGAAACCUUUUUGAAAGAAUUGCAACUGGAAGAAUACCAGGAAACGCUGAAAAAGGAAAAGAUUACCUUGGAAACCCUGGUGCUUUGUGAUGAGAAGGACUUGGCGGAAGCCGGCGUUCCCCUUGGACCUCGAAAGAAGUUGAUAUCCGGAGCCAAAGAAUACGAAAUAAGCAAGAAGUUAACCCAGAGCAGCGAAACUGGAAGUCAGUCGUCUUUCCGACCCUCUCAACGGAAAACCUCUACUACAUCAGUCUCUUACGCUGUCGGAUCGGCGGGUACGGGACAACCGUCCAUCAACUAUCCGGUGCUUAACUUCGUGCCAAGAAUGUUUUUCGCCAUGGGUUCUCCCAUUGCACUGUUUGUUACCGUCCGUGGAUUGGAUUCGCUCAACCUCAGCUGGAAGUUACCGACGUGUCCUUCGGUGUUCAAUAUUUAUCACCCCUUUGAUCCUGUGGCUUAUCGAAUCGAGUCGUUGAUCGACCCGUCUUUGAAUGACGUCCAUCCCGUGUUAAUCCCGCAUCACAAAGGCCGAAAACGCAUGCAUCUCGAGCUCAGAGAAGCGAUGGGACGCGUUGGGACUGAAUUCAAUCGUUUUGCUGACAUGAUAAAGUCGACGUGGAAUACUCUGUAUCAGUAUUCUCCCUUCUCUCAAGUCGGCCAGACGGAAGCUUUGGAAAAUUCUGAUAACUCUGUUCGGAAUGAAGUGGCGAGGAGCAUAGCAUUCGAUGCGCAUCAGCAGCAAGGUUUACUGGAGGCAGUUGGUUCAUUAUCAGUGUCAGAAUCGGGAGCAGAUUUGAACGCUUCUCACAAUUUCGGAAUGCUCAAUGGCGGUCGAAGGAUUGAUUAUGUGUUGCAGGAAAAGCCGAUUGAGACUGUCAACGAAUACCUUUUUGCUCUUGGCUCUCAUCUAUGUUACUGGGAAUCCGAAGAUACGAUGCUGUUGAUGUUGAAGGAGCUUUACGCAGUAAAUGGCGUGGAUCCAGAUGAAACUUCAUCUGCGCAUCCGAUCAACAGUCGGCCAACAUCGAGCAGGGGUUCGAUGACUCGACUGUCGCAAAUGUCGUUUUUUUCGCCGCCUUCGGGGCAGAGCAGUAUCCCUGAUAUGUCGUCGACGGCUAUCACCUCUGAACUAAGUUCACAAGGAAGAUAUGUGCCAAAUUCAGCUCCGAUUGGUGAUGCUGUGAAUGCCCCUCCGCCCAUGUUUUCCCCUGUAACUGUCCCAGUGGCAUCUUCAGCAUCGCGUUCGAGGCAUUAUCCCGCUGUGCCUUUGCCGCAUUAUCUUACGGGAGCAUCUGGUAUUCAGGUUCCUCAGGGCAUGGACCCAACUGCUGCACCAACGGAGAAAAGAUUGGGACCUCCGCCGACGAUGGGAUUUAUGCCCAGAGCGGCGGUUCCCAAAACAGCUUCUCAUCAGACAACUAAACCUAGUUGAAUAUGUUGGCUCUUGCGGAUUCUAUCCCUAUUUUUAUUCGUGGUACCAGCGUGUCGGAAGAAUGGACAUGAUUUUAAAAUCCCGAAACGAAUUAUUUUUUCCAAUCGAAGAAUUUUUACCUGUUCGUUUUUCUAGGUGGAAUUAUUCAGGGUAGUCAUCCAAUGACGAAAUCUUUACUUCUGUUUAAAUUUCCGUCGUAUGUCAUGACGACUGUAAAUUUCGAUGUUAAGUUUUUUCAUUCUUCGUAAAUUAUAGUCGGAAUGAGUAUGUAUUUUAUCAUCCGGAGAGCUGCCUGACGAUUGUAAGGGGAAGCGCGCAACUUUUUCACGUGCUCAUUUCAGAGACGAAAACUGAAAACGUUCAAUCCUUCUUUUUUCAUGAUGAAGUGCAAAUUUUGGAGGGCUGCAUAAUGGAAACGAGGCUUGUUAUAAUCUGAUAUAUCAGGAACCCUUUCUGGAUGAUUCACGUCGGUCAUUUUCUCCUAAGGACUAUCUUGAGUGAUUUGAGUGAUGGACAUAUAUUUUGCUACAGUUUUUGGCUGUGGAAAAGUCUUGGGGUUGUGGUUGAAAGUUGUAGGUAAUUGUUGAGCGAAAUCUUGGUCGGGAAUUUCUUUUGAAUCCGGAUUUGUUUUUCGGCUGCGGAAAGUGAACCUGUUACUGAACUUCGGACUGAUGAAACGCAAAUAAAGUAUAGUAUAAAGAAA